AACCCGCCAUUAUCUCAAUCGCACGCGCUUGAUUUUUUUUUUUUUCAUCUAGAAAUUUUCUCGUUCAAAGAGGAGAAAAUGUUUCUGGGAAGAUUAUAAUUUUCUUUGAGCGCGUUUGACUAUUUCAAUUUUUCCGUUGAACAAUCAACAUUAUUGUUCUCUUUUUUUCAGCUCACCUACUGAUUGCAACAUCGACCGAGCUUUUAUGGCUGCUGAAGCUCUUACAGAAGAUCAGAUCGCUGAUUUUCGUGAAGCCUUCUGUUUAAUCGACAAGGAUGCUGAUGGAUUCAUCACGGUGGAGGAGCUAGGGGCAGCAAUUCAGACAUUGGAUGGACACCCCACCAAGAAUGAAGUUAGAGAUAUGAUAAGUGAAGUCGAUGUCGACAGUAACGGGACGAUAGACUUUGAGGAGUUUCUAAAUGUCAUGGCAAGGAAAAUGAAGGACAAUGUUAGUGAGGAGCUAAAAGAAGCCUUUAAAGUGUUUGAUAGGGACCAAGAUGGUUAUAUCUCAGCUUUUGAGUUGAGAAAUGUGAUGAUAAACUUGGGAGAGAGAUUGACAGAUGAUGAGGCUGAACAGAUGAUUCGAGAGGCCGAUUUGGAUGGCGAUGGCCGAGUGAGUUACGAAGAGUUUGCGAGGAUAAUGACAAUCAGUUGAUGUCCUUCCAACAUGUUAUGUCGAUUAGGGUGAAAACUUCAUAAUCCUAAGAACAAUCUUUCAUUUAUGUUUAUUGGUUCCAUUUGCCCUCACACUGUAAAUUAGAACACUUCAAACUGCAAAGAAAUGUGAUUUCAUCUCAUGUUUGUUUGUUUUAUGCUAAUAAUCCUAGCUGCCCAUUGUGUGAUUG